AAAUAACGCAGAUUCAAGGUUAAAGAGCGAGAAGAAAAGAAGAGAAGUUUUGUUAAUGUUUUGGCCCUAGGGCCCCGAUCUUGCCGUGUAACAAAGAAAAAAUCGUGUAACUAAGUGAUUAUUGUUUCGGGGGAUAAGUUAAUCUUUAAGAACCACAUUGUUUGUUGCUUUCUUAUUUUUGUUGCACUAGACGUGUAUUAAGUGUAUAGGCCUAUACAAAAUGUGGAUGUAAUUUUCGUAGGCUAUGCUCGUACUGUGAGUGAGUAACUUAUAAGUUACUUAAAGAUAAAUACAUAGGUAGGGUCUUGCUCUCGUUUGAACAAUUAUAAUUGGACCUUUAGCAGUUCAACUUUUAAUGGCUACAGAAAUUUUAUGUAGAAGAGCAAAACAAUGGCUGAGUCCAGACAUUUGGGGUUAUGGAUACAUGAGAUCUGUUUGUCGUCAUAUGACAUCUGGGGAGGUUUCUACUGCACUUCGCCCAUUUUACUUCACAGUUCAUCCUGAUUUAUUUGGUCAAUUUCCUCAAGAAAGGGCAGUCAAUGAAAAUUCAUUGAAAACUCUGAGCUCAGUGCUGGAAUCUCUUCAACAGAAAAAGCCUCAGAGACCUGUGACGUUACGGUUUUAUCUGAAGCCUCAAGGGGUUGCCACAUCACGAGAAAGCCUGAAAUCUGUUAAUAUUAGUCUGAAAGAACAAGAUCUAUCAAAAACUCUCACUGUGAUAUUGUCAACAUGCAAUCUCCCUACGACUUAUGUUGAUAAAAUUGCAUCAAAGUCCCCCGAGACAACUCGACCAUCGUUUAGAGAUCAGGUUUACCACUAUACUCAGAGGACAAACAAAAAAUACAAUGAGUAUGACUACACGGAUAACAGCAGGAUUAAAAGGCCUGAACGAAAACCGAAACCUCCAAAGGAAUUUCAGACAUUGACCGGUUGGCUAGAUGAGAAUGAAGCGGAGGCCAGGGAAAAACUUGCCUCAGUUGGGCCGGUCCGUGAGGAAGUGUCUAAACUUCAGGAUCAGGCGUGCAGAUCUCUCGGACUGGCCGAUGUUACGAGUGACUGUGGUUGGAAUAUUGCUCAUUUCCGAGGCUGUCUUAUGAGCUUCCUAUCCUUGGCACAGCAGCACCCUGAACACAUGGCCGUGCUCAAAGGCCGGUCGCUGGUGUUCAGCCGAGACACGGGAGUCAGUAUGAAGGGACAAGUGUUGCUCAACAGCGGAGAAGUGCGGCAACAUUGGCUGGACUUUAUUAAGAAUCUCCCAAAAGAAGACAAAGUUUUGCUUCGUCUGCCAGCUUUUGAGAAAGCAGCUUCAAGAGUUUUACGGGAUAUCAGAGUAGUUCGAAGGAAAUACCAGCCGAAAACUAUGGCAGCAGAAUAUGAGAAAAACUUGAACCGGUUGACAACAUCUCUGGGUGAUCACCAAGGUAGAAGAGGCUUCCCGAAAACUUGGCCGGACUCUUUGGAGAACUUCGAACUUGUUGUUGAAACCGAGGCGGGGCCGUUGAUGGUGUCACCAACUGGUCAGUUCAUCGUGCCAGCCUCCUGUCCUUCGUUCCUAUUGGUAAACUUUAUCUCCGAAAACUUGGACAACGCUUCUCGCCUAUUGCAUCAUUAUAGAUCCCAUAAACAUAUUGAAAAAGAACUCCAUAAACAAUGCUUAGCGGAACUCAAACUGGAGGCCUUAAACAAAGACGACUGUGUUACACCUGAUUUAAUGACAAGCUGUCUGCAACGUCUGCUGGAACAUCGAGAUGAGCUGUCUUCACUUAGGCAAAACAGGCUUUAUAUAACCAACUACUAUUCUGUGAUGAGCGACGGCCAAAUCUGUAUACCGUGGGAUUUCAAGUUGUAAACUUAUUGUGGUAGACAACUUUGUAACUUUAGUUACUAUUCUAGUCUAGCACAAGUUGUGAUGGGAAACCUUCCCCAAAUUAUAUGUUAUUGUAGAGAGCUUUGAAUCAAGUAUUAAAGUAGAUUUUAGGUAAAUUCGUAAUGAACAAAUUACACAACUAUUGCCAGAGUAUAUUUUAAUCGUAUGUAAAAGAAUGUGAUUGAUAGCUUUUGUUUUAACAUGUAAGUAUUUUACUCGCAGAUAAAUAAUGCUAAAGUAAUAUAAACAAUAAAAAAACAAUAAGUAAUAUAAACAGUAAAAUUAGUAUGCAAGGUAUGAAACAAACAAAAAUAUCUGUCAUGGCAACUAGCACAUUGAGACCUGUAACUGUUUUAGAAAGUUUACCUUUCAUCAAGUGUUGGGGGGCCAUAAUGUAUUUCAUAGCUACGGCCUAAAGUGAUUCCUUUUUACAUGACAAGUGAAACAAAUGAGGUUUGAUUUUGAGCUAGAGUUGAAAAUACCUUUUUCAUCACACUGUAUUCAAAAAUAGCCCAUUUCCAUACAGCUGAGAUCUUCAAAAAUGUCCAUACACCAAAAACAAAUAGUAAGUUUGAUGAAGUAGUAUUUUUAUUGUGAUAAAAAGUAUUGUUCAGUACUCGUCACAAAAGUCCCACUUUGAAAUUGGUCACUUUCGUGACUAGUAGUGAAAAUACUAUUUCAUUACCAAAUUUAUUGUCAUACUGCCCAAUCUUUAAGCUAAAUAACUCACAAAACGUAAAUUUAGUUCUUAGUUUACAUUUAUAAAAAGCCCAUUAGAGACACUGUAAUAAAACUUGUUACACAUUUUAAGUUUUUGUUAUUUUAAUUUUCUUUUAACUAUUUUUAAGAAAUUUUACUUGUUAAAUUUAAAAAUGGCUGCCUUUUAAAAUAGUCAAAGUCGAAUUCCAUGAAAACGAGUAAUUGAAUCAAAAUUACACUAGAUACCAUACCAAAAAUGAUUUAAAAUCCAAACCCUAUGACACUUGGUUAAAAUUGUUAAUAAAAAAAGUCUUAUCCACAAGUUGACUUUUUCUACUUGGGAAUUUUAAAUGUUCAGUUUUUUUAAUUUUCUCUGUAACCUUUAAUUUUACAACAACGCUUUAAUAUACAAAAUUAUAUGUUCUUUAAGCUCUACACAAUGGUUUCAAUGAAAUUUGGCAAAUUUUUUUUAGUAACAGUAAAGAAUAAAAUAUUUGAACAAUUUUUAAACCCUAUAACAAAAACAACCAGUUUGCUGAUUUUCCAUCUCAUUCAAGUGUAUCCCCAGUCUCACACGUCGUUUUUAAAUUUCAAAAUGACGAGUUUUCAUAUUUACAGACACAAUCACAUAAUAUACAUGUACCUACGGUAAUAGCUCCUUUCAUUUAAAAUUGUUCUUACAAAAAUUGUUUCCGAUUAACAAAAAUGAUCAAUGAGAACAAGUUUUAGUUGAUGAUUUUGUGGGAUAAAAUUAAGCCAUAUUUACACGAGGCCAGUAGGCAGGCAGGUUACAUUUCUCUAGUACAUUUCAAGUGGGUCGCCGGAAUUCUACCCCCUGGGCAAAGCUGACGUCACUAUGACGUAGUAACCUGAGUGGCCAAAAGUUUGUUGUUGUGCCGGAAUUUUACCCCCGCGGAUUUGGAAGUCUAAUGAAAAUAGUCAAGAGUGUGAUUAAUUAGAUUAGCGAUAAAAACCGGAAUUUUACCCCCUGUCCAUAUAACUAGCGUUUAGGCAACUGAAGAUGUACGGGCCGGAUUUUUACCCCCUGGCAGAUUUUAGAAAUUGAAUGAUUGAUUUUAUUAUUUCAAUUAAUUGCAAACGUUUCAUUAUUUAUAUUUAGUAACCGAUAUUUAUUUAUUUAUUUUGUAAUCUCAACUAAGUAAACAGAAUUCGCUGUUUUAUUUUGAUCAUAUUAACCAACAGUUGGCUUCAAAGAUCGAAUCCUUAUACUCGAAUCUCAAAAUUAAAAUUUAAAACCUGUUCGAUUAGUUAAUGUUAAAAAUAAAUUAUGAUAGGCUACUUAAUAAUAAAAUGUUAACUAUUAAAUUAAAACUGAAUGAAGAUAAUUAAUCAUUCUCACUAAUUUAUAUAUCUGGCCAGGGGGUAAAAUUCCGGGGGGUAAAAAUCCAGGGGGUAAAAUUCCGGGGGUAAAAAUCCGGGCCGUACAUUCUAGGUUUUUAUAAUUUGAUGUGUUCUGAUUAAAUUCACAACCGUGAAAAUAAUAUGUUUAAUUCCGCGUUUAAUCCAUCGAGCUGAUGUUGCGAAACUCAAAAGUUCGCGGCCGAAAUUUUACCCCCUGGUUUGUGACGUCACGUUUGCCCAGGGGGUAAAAUUCCAGGGGGAUAAAAAUCUGCUACCCCUUUCAAGUUACUUGAGGCAAGGGCAGGUUACCUGCAUCAUACAACUUGAAAUACACCAGAGGAAAGUAGGCCUAGCCUGCCUGCCUGGCUUCUUGUAAACACAACUUUAAGGGGGAAAAUUGUUGUGAAUAUUGCCAUGGACGAAAUAAUCACAUUACAACAAGCACUUAAUUUGUGCAUGCAAAAUUUAUCAAGUUUUUGUUGAAGUAUUGUAUAUUCAAGUUGAUUUUAUUGGUUUUGUGUAGGAAUAUAUUUGUUCAGCAGAUGUGUCACUUAAAAAUAAUACAAAUCUGUUCAUGAACUUUGUGUGAAUGGACUUUUUAUGUGAUAUUAAAGAUAUUUAUUUA